GAAAACAGCGAGCAGCCACGCCGCCCACCGAACAAGGCGAAGCGCGCGUCAACAAUUUCGCGACCGCCGCCGCUGCCCCGAUUAAACGCGCGGAGGAGCGGAGGAGCGCAGACGGCCACAGAUACCGCAGCCGCGACCCCACAGAGGAACUAACGCAAGUGUGGGGAAGUUGCAACCAGCCGAGUCUGUUUAAAAUGAGGCUGUUGGAGAUGAAGGACCAUGCUGCCAUCAAACAGCUGUGAGAUCACUGUGAAGUUGUGGACGGUGGUGGAACAUCAAGCGUCAGAGCCCGUUGAGCUUUCUUAGCUUCCCUUGGAGUUGUGCAACCUAUCCAUAAGACCCGUUUGACUUACUUUCUCUAAAAUAAUUGCUGUUGCCUGCCUGUGAAUAUAAAAAAGGACCACCUGUCGAUCUUUAAAAAAUGGAGACUCUUUCCCAAGAUUCAAUUCUGGAGUGCCAGAUCUGCUUUAACUAUUAUAGCCCCCGCCGGCGGCCCAAACUCCUGGAUUGCCGACACACUUGCUGCUCGGUGUGUUUGACCCAGAUGCGCAGCAGCCAGAAGGAGAUCCGUUGUCCCUGGUGCCGCGGCGUCACCAAGCUCCCACCAGGCCUGUCCGUCUCCCAGCUCCCAGAUGACCCGGACAUCAUCACUGUCAUUGCCAUUCCUCACGCUUCGGAGCACACGCCCGUCUUCAUCCGCCUUCCCAGCAACGGCUGCUACAUGCUGCCGCUGCCCGUCGCCAAGGAGCGGGCGCUCGGCCUGCCAGGGGAGCUGGGAUGCCGCUUCCUGCCUGGCAGCCAACAGAAGGGGGUGACGGUGGUGACCGUGCCCGAGCAGCAGCCUCUGGGCCUGGGUAUGGCUCUGGAGGGUGUCGGGGUGGGGCUGGAGGGAGGCGAGGGCGAGAGGAGAGUUACUGGCCCCGUGGGAGGAGGGAAGGGCUCCACGUGGUCCGGUGUGUGCACGGUGAUCCUGGUGGCGUGCGUGCUGCUCUUCCUUCUGGGCAUCGUGCUGCACAACAUGUCCUGCAUCUCCAAACGCUUCACUGUCAUCUCCUGUGGCUGAGGGCCAGGGGAGGCUGCUCGGACUGCCGUGGACCCCCCUGGAUUCCCCCACUAGCCCUGCCUCUCCUCAGGGCGGGACUCUGCUCAGGAGAGGAGACUAAUCUCACAUUAUGGGCAUUUAAGGAAACUACAGAGCAAUGUAGAGAGAAACCGAUGAAGAAGCGAGCAGGGAGGAGAUCCACAAACGGUCUGCCAUUGUAUCCCCCUUUUUUUUUGUUUGGGAGACUGAAAUUAAAUUGGAAAUGCAAAUACAAACGUUGACUUUCCUCCUGUCCAACAACCCUUUUACUGUCCCUCCAUUUUCUCGGAAAGAACGCUUUGGGAUUACUCCAGAAAUCUUUUUUGCCCCGCUGAUUUGUUUUUGGCCGGCCGUUAUGUUUUUUGGCCAGCUGAUAUGUUUUCUGGCUAAGGGCCGAUUUGACACUGACAGUCGUUGGAUUGCCUGUUUAGUCUGCGGCUCGUAGAAGUACAUCAGUUAUCAUAGUGUCGUUUAGCUGAGCGUAGGUUCCAUGCGUGGUGUCUCCAGCUGGUGCUGCAGCACAAAGAGUUCGGACUUGGCUGCUCUCCGUUCUCUGAUGCUGCAGGAAUUAACUGUGCAGGAUCCACGUCUGGCCCCAUUUGAAUCAUGUGGGAUACUCGGAGCCAACAUAGCUUUUAUUUUGCUUUUUAUUUUUUCCAUUCACACAACCUGUUCCUGUUCAGAACACACUGUAGCUGCGACGGCUCCGUGUGGCUAGCAAAAGGGUGUUCUCAAAAAAAAAAAAAGAAAAAUGGCAAAACAUGGAUUGCAUUGUUCAUUCAUACCAGAAUAUUACAAACCCAAACCAAAAACACAAGCGAAAAAAGUUUGAAUCAAUGAAGAGUCGGUAAAUAAAUGAUUCAUUCAUGACAUUUAUUGAGCAAAAAUGACAAACAUUUGUUGUUUGUCAGCCUCUCAGAUGUGAGGAUUUGCUGUUGUUUUCCAUUGUGCAUCAUUAUAAAUUCAGUAUCCUUGUGUUUUGGACUGUUGGUCGGACAACACAUCUAAUUUGCAGAUCACUGGGGCUGUACUUGGAAUGGUCACCGUUGUCUGACAAUUUCUGUACUAAACAAUUCUUUUGUUCACCAGCUGCUGUCCUGUUUUGAAUAUGGUGGCACUCUUUGUGCAGCCUAGUAAGAUGCUAGCCAGCAAAAAUGUACAGGCUAAAGAAAUGUCUCAUAAUGCUCUAUUUAGAAUUGGGCAAAAGAAAAACAGUUUAAAAGGAAUAGUUUGACAUUUUGGGAAAUAUUUGCAUUCUGUCCGAGAGUUAGAUCCAUACCUCUCUCAUUUCUGUGCGCUGUGUAGGCUACAGCGCUAGAGCCAGGUGGUGAUUAGCUUAGCCUAGCAUAAACCCGAAGCAGGUGAAACAGCUAGCUUGAUACUUUAUCAGCACCUCUAAAGCCAUCUUAUUAAUGUUCUAUUUUCAUGUAUGUGUUUGUUUAAUGUGUACACAAACAGAAAUGUAAUGUUGUGCUAGGUGCUACGUGCUACAUGAGUUAUAGCGCAUACCGCCACUAUUCAUAAAACCACAACUUUAUCUUUUUUUUUUGUCUGGGUUAAACAAACAACAUAUAACAUGCUACCGUCACUUGUGAGCGCUAGCAGUGUUUGAAGCUGUGUUUUUGAACUUUGAGCUAGGCUAGCUGUUUCCCCCUGCUUCUAGGUGGUUUUACAGAGAGCUAUGUGCUACAUGCUACGCGAGUUAGUUACAACUCCCUGUAAAAGAUCCCAAGCUGACUUGACGUUUUUACAUUAAUUUUUUUAAGAAUUGUAUAAACAAGAUAAAGUGUGUUAUUUUGUGAGCUUAAGGUGUGUUUGUAGGCAUAUUUCUUAACUUUGAAGAGAGCCCGGCUAGCUGUUUCCCUCUGCUGCCAGUCUUUAAGCUAGGCUAGGCUCUGUAAAUCCGUCUCCUCUAACUCUCGGCAAGAACGCCAAUAAACGUAACGUCAAACAGUUUCUUUAAUGGAAAAUUGGACAUUCAGGGUAGCAUUCCCCUUCUUCUUCCUUAUUUCUCUUUCCCACGGAUGCUUAGCAUGUUAGCUCUCAUCGAUUGGUUAAAUGACCUUCUACUUUUCACCCUGACCCGCAGACCACCACUGUCAUCUAAAGACGGCCUCUCCAGCUUUGACCACCGGCAGCCCACACACUAUCGACUCCCUUCAUCUUAAUACCUUCCUUAAUUUAGAAAACUGGUGGAUGUGGGCUCAGCAAUGCGAUGGUGUGUGCUUAGCCUGUGUUUGUGUGUGUGUGUGUGUGUGUGUGUGUGUGAUGGGUCAGUACCAGGUCAGGAGUGGGCGGGUGCUGCAAGGUUCCAGUUAAUGACGACCGCAUCGAUUUAUCUGCUUUUGAAUAUCUCGCAUCCGCAGAGAUGGAUGUCUCUUUUUCUUUUCACUUUUAUAUGUUAAAGCAAGCAAUUUGUCUGUUUACUGUAUCGUUAAAGCAAUGGAGUGUACAGUACACACAAACAGGGUGAACUCUUUUGUAUAGCAGCCUCGUCAUGUACAGAAUGAUUGUAAUUUCCUGGUCUCUUUCUGAUGACUUUUUUUUUUGUUGACACAACGUUUUACUUGGUUUGUUUGAAGAGUCUGGUCUGAGAUUAGAGAGAAACAAACACGUUAUUCUGCACACUUCAGGCCACUCAGUUAUCAUGACACACAGCAUAAGGAAAGACAGUUAUAAAGUAUAUAAAGAAUUAUAUACUGUACCAAAAUGUUACACAUAAAUAUGUAUAUGCAGCUGUUCUCUUAAAAAUAAUUCCUUGACUUAUUUAAUACGUCUAAACUGUGGAUGAUCCAGUCACUGAAGUUUAAGAAAGUGACUUUUCCUCAUGAAUUACAAGAUUUUUUUCCAGGUUAGCAUCAUUUUAUCGUCUUAAAUCCACGUCUACAAUGAGCAGAACUUGUUUUUUAUUUUGUUCACGCUAGAUUUUGAAUAUCAGCAUGAUUUCACCCCCUUUCACCAAAGCAAAGACUGAGAUUUAUUCCCACUUAAACAGAAAAAUAGAUUUUGGACGUUCAAACCAGACUUAAAUGGAUUAAAUCAAAGCGAUGAGGCUACAUUGGGGGGCAGCUGUGUGUUUUGCAGAAGCAGCAAGAGUCUGAGUGGAGGUCAGCUGAACUGCUCCAUUAGGGACUCGCUGCUUGUUGCAACUCCUGCUGUUGCUAUGAGACUAUAGCGAAAGCACUUAUGAAGCGUGAUGCUCCUUCGCUGAAAGUUGAAAUAUUUUUAGAGUACUCGACUCCCCGUGGUCUCUACGAAACCUGCUAAUUGCUCAGCACUCGAGGUUGAAGUGGUUUUCUGCCCCACCCAAGAUAACUUGAGAUGGAGAAAAUGCCAGUUCAAAUAGAAAGUGCAUGAAUAAUGUUUUGGGAAAUGUCGAUGAAGGCUAUGACAUGUCAGUGUUAUUAGUACAUUAAUACAACUUUAUAAUGGGGCAUAGUAUAAGUUGUAAACAAGGCUUUAUUAUUGGUUAAUGAAUCAUUUUUAAUGCUGUAUAAAACAGUAAUGCAUCAUUUAUAGGAACGCAUUAAUGAUAAAAAAAAAAAACUCUUUACUUAUCAAACUCUUUAAAUCAUCAAUAGACGCUGAGCGGCUCCACCGGCCGGACUCAACCU